UCUCUGAUAAGUUCUAUUUCAACUAGGGUAAGUAACAGUAUAGUUUAUAACCAUUCUCUGAUAAGUUCUAUUUUAAGUAUGGUAAGUAACAGUAUAGUUUAUAACCAUUCUCUGAUACGUUCUAUUUUAAGUAUGGUAAGUAACUGUAUAGAUUAUAACCAUUCUCUGAUAAGUUCUAUUUUAACUAUGGUAAGUAACAGUAUAGUUUAUAACCAUUCUCUGAUAAGUUCUAUUUUAAGUAUGGUAAGUAACUGUAUAGUUUAUAACCAUUCGCUGAUAAGUUCUAUUUCAACUAGGGUAAGUAACAGUAUAGUUUAUAACCAUUCUGUGAUACAUUCUAUUUCAACUAGGGUAAGUAACAGUAUAGUUUAUAACCAUUCUCUGAUACGUUCUAUUUCAACUAGGGUAAGUAACAGUAUAGUUUAUAAACAUUCUCUGAUAAGUUCUAUUUCAACUAGGGUAAGUAACUGUAUAGUUUAUAACCAUUCUCUGAUAAGUUCUAUUUUAAGUAUGGUAAGUAACAGUAUAGUUUAUAGCCAAUCUCUGAUAAGUUCUAUUUUAAGUAUGGUAAGUAACUGUAUAGUUUAUAACCAUUCUCUGAUACGUUUUAUUUCAUCAAGGAUAGUAACAGUAUAG